AUGGCUAGAACCAGGAGUAUGGGAGGAGGUGGGCCCCCGGCCGCUCCUGCCGCUUCUGCCUCUCCUGCUGUUGGCAAGAACAUCACCAGCCACCAGCCAGAUUCACCUUUGACAAUCCGAAGACUUCGUGAAUCCCUCAAUCUUGGCUCCCAGGUAUCCAAUACCUCAUCUCCUACUCGCGGCAGCCUUCGUUCCGGUCGCAACAGACUUCCUCUUGCAUCUUUAUCCUCUCCUUUGCCCGACAACCGUAUCAUUCAGGACGCGAAUCACGAAGCAGACGACUUGAGUCCAACUUCUCCCGACAAAACCGAGACAGAAGAAUCUGAAAAGUCCGAGGAAUUCAAAACGACUCCCAGAGCCAGGACGAAGGAACCCAGCCCGCGGGCAACUACCGAGAACAUGUCGGCCGCCACUCCUUCGGAAGCGACGAUGGGUAUCACCACAGGCACCACCGGCACCACGACGGACGAUGGAGGUACACCAGUCAACGACACCCCGAUUCCCCUCGAUCUCUACAGCGCCCGUCGAGCCAAGACCCCCGACGUGGACAUCACCGGUUCAUCGAGUGCCUCCUCAGCUCCCCCGACCCCUACCAAGCCGGCCUCCGAGCGCCGCAAAGCCACUCCCAAGGGACCGAAACUCAUCUCUCACAAAGAGGCAAAUAGGCAGCUUCGCGAUGUGAUCGUCGCCCAUAACGAGAAGGGAGACGAGCUGAAGGAGACGUCGACGCUGUACAAAGACUUGACACGCGAAGAGAACACGACCCCGAUAAUCCUCGACGAAUGCGUGGCUGUCGCUAAUGCUCGACUUGUGCGAGCCAUAGACGAUGUUGAGGCUCUUGAGGCUGGUCAUCCGCCGAGAGUGAUACCCUAUCCUGCCGAUAAGAUUCCCGAGCUUCUCGCUGCUGUCGAGAAAGCCGAGGCCGAAAGGGACGCGUUCGAUGCCGAGAAUCAGCGCUUGUUCGCGCAAAUGGCCACGUUGAAUGAGGGGCUUUACGCUCUGAAGGCCAAGGUCAAGAUUGCCAGAAAGCUCGAGCUUGAAGCCAGAAUCCGAGAGGGCAUGCCAACUCCCUCGGCGGCCUGCAACAAACCCAUUGCGCCUUCUAGAUCCGGGCUACCGGUCAUUCUUGGAACCCCGAUCGAUUCGCCGCCUACAGCUGUUGGACGGUUGGGAUUGACGGACAAAACAACUGGUCUGGAUAAAUCCCCCGCUAGCUCAAAGACCAUCGUCCAAAAGUCGACUGCGCGGAACUCAAGAGCAGGCAUGCGAACAUCGAGCUUGAACAACCCUCAGACGCCUACUAGAAAGAGAAAAGCUCGGCGCUGA